CCUAAUCACAUAUAUAUGAAGAUUAAAUAGGUUUAAUAGAUAUUGUAAUAAACCAUCAAAAUGGCCGGUAUUAAGAAGAAGACAUCGUUAAGAGAUAAGUCAAGUAAAAGAACAUUAUCAAGUAAAAUAUCAGCAUUUAAACAAGAAGUAGGUAAUGAAGGAGGAGAAGAAUAUCAUGAAAAUCCUAUGUUAAAAUUGCUGAAGAUUUCUAAGAAGGAGAAACAACAAACCAAAUCAAGUAAUUUUGUUGAAAGAUUACUGAAUAAAGUUACAUUUAAUACAUCUAAUAGUAUAAGUAAAUCAGCAUUAAGAAGAAGAAAGAGAAAGAGUAAAGAAGAAUUAAAACCCAAGAUGAAUGAAUUAUUAAGUAGUUUACCAGAGACUACAUUAAUCACAUCAUUAAAAUUGAAGAGUAAAAGUAAACAUGAUCAAAAUGAAAGUAAUAUAGGAUUUAUUUCUAAACAAACUUCUAAUGCUCCUAAUGCUAAUAAGAGAAGCGGGCAUAAAAAAAUCUUAAUUGAAGAAAAUAAGAACUUUAAUAAUGUAUUGAAGAACCCUGAAUUUAAAGCUUCACCAUUUAGUGCAUUAAAGAAUGCUAUUCAACAAAAUUUACAGCAUUAAGUAUUAGUUAAUAGAUAUAUAGAGAUAAUGAAUAAUAAUGAUUAUUAAAUGAA